UUCCAAGAAGACAUGUCACAGGAUCCAGUGCCCGAAGAUGUCCAGGCAACAAUACAACAAGAGUACAAAAUCUUAGCAGAAUAUAAAAUGGUGGCAUCGGAAAAAGUGGGCGGCAUCUAUGUCAUACCUUCAUUUGCCAAUUCUUUGUUGUGGUAUGGUGUAAUAUUUGUUAGACAAGGCAUGUAUGAGGAGGGUAUAUUUCGUUUUAACAUAUCACUUCCCGAUAAGUUUCCCGAAGAUAAGACAGUACCGACAGUUAUAUUCCAAAAUGAAAUGUACCACCCGCUGAUAUGCCCUUUUACCGGUACUCUGGAUCUAUCCCAUGCCUUCCCUACAUGGCGCUGUGGCGAAGAUCACAUUUGGCAGCUUUUAAAAUACGUACAAGCAAUUUUCAUUGAUCCCCUUGAGUGUUUGCGAACGCCAACAACAACAACUACCCCUAAUAAUAAAUGGCCAAAUACCGAAGCUGCAGAAUUAUUACUGCAAAAUCGUGCAGGAUUUAUAGCCAAAGUAAAAGAGUGCAUUGACAACAAUAAGCAACAUCUUUAUGAUGAACCACCCACAGAUGAUCCACAUUAUAUAGCAUUUGAACAAUUCAGCGAUGAUAUACAUGGACCCAUUCGGCAGCGUAUACGUGAGGGCAAGGAACCCAUAUUGACAAAUACCACUGCAAGUGCGGCAUCAUCAAGUGCAAAAGGACUGUCAUGGGUGAAGGAGGGGGAAUAUGUUCCCCUAAGCAUGGACUAGUAUAAAAAA